UAGAGAAAAACCAAAAAGUAAACACAAAAGAAAUUGAAGCAGGAGGAUUCUACCAGGUUUUGAGUCGUUCCUAUUUCACGUAACCACGCGAAAAUUACAAAUACGAAUCCUAAUUUCCCUGUAAACCCUAGAUAUCUAAUCGCCGACAACUUUCGGCUUGUCUUUCAUAUCAGGACAUCAGAUUUUCUUUAUCAAUUUCAAUUUGAAAUUUAGAGAAAGAAAGCCAUGGACGAUAGUUGUGCGGUGUGCGCUGAAACCCUGGAAUGGGUGGCCUAUGGAGCAUGUGGCCAUCGAGAGGUCUGCUCCACCUGCGUGGUUCGCCUUCGCUUUAUUUGCAGCGAUCGACGGUGCUGCAUCUGUAAGACCGAAUCUCACGUCAUCUUUGUCACCAAGGCUUUAGGUGAUUAUACGAGGAUGGUUAAUGACUUCGCAGUCUUUCCAUCUGAACCAAGGGAGGGUAGAGUUGGGUCAUACUGGUAUCAUGAGGACACACAAGCAUUCUUUGAUGAUGCAGAUCAUUACAAGAUGAUAAAGGCCAUGUGUAGGCUUUCAUGUAGUGUAUGCGACAAGAUGGAUGAGGAAGCUAAUGAUGGCUCAAAGCGCCGGGGGAGGUUUAGGAAUAUUGAGCAGUUGAAGGGCCAUUUAUUUCAUAGACAUAGAUUGGUUAUGUGCAGUCUAUGUCUAGAAGGACGGAAGGUAUUCAUUUGUGAACAAAAGCUUUACACUAGAGCGCAACUUAAUCAGCACAUAAAUACAGGUGACUCUGAGGUUGAUGGUACUGAGAGUGAGAGAGGUGGAUUCAUGGGGCAUCCUAUGUGUGAAUUUUGCAAAUCCCCAUUCUAUGGAGACAAUGAGUUGUACUCGCAUAUGUCUACUGAACACUAUACUUGUCAUAUUUGCCAAAGGCAGCAUCCUGGACAAUAUGAGUAUUAUAAGAACUAUGAUGACCUUGAGAUUCACUUCCGCCGAGAGCAUUUCCUAUGCGAGGAUGAGGCUUGUCUUGCCAAAAAGUUCAUUGUCUUUCAAACUGAAGCAGAAAUGAAGCGGCACAAUGCCAUUGAACAUGGUGGGCGUAUGUCUCGUGCCAAGCGCAAUGCUGCUCUCCAGAUACCAACUAGCUUCCGAUAUCGGCGAAGUAGUGAACAAGAUCAUCGUCGUGGAAGGGGAAGGACAUUCCAUCGUGAUCAAUACGAUAACCAACUAUCUAUAGCUAUCCAAGCAAGUCUGGAGACAGCUCACUCAGAAAGCACAUAUCAUGAUCAACCAUCAUCAUCCAGUGCACAAGUUGUACCUGGUAAUGGAGAUGCAGAUGAUAUUGAUCCAUUAAUUGAGCCUUUUGAAUCAUUAACUGCUACAGAUUCAGAAACUCCCUCAAGAUAUCUUCAAGCAUUGGGGCAAGGUUCCAGGAGGACACCGUUGGAAGAAUCUUCCUUUCCUCCCCUUCUUAUGAAUACCAGCAGUAAUCAACAAAAGUCCAAACAAGAAUCAGAAGGUUUGGUUAAUAAUACUAUGGCAGCACAUCUUCGACGCCAAAAAAGAAAUGUAACUGUUGUUAAUUCAGCUGUUAAUUCAGCUCAGGCAUGGCCAGCUCCAACUCGUGGGAAUGCAGCUGGUAGUUCAGUGCAGUAUAGGCCUAACAUGAAUCCUGCACCUUCAACUUCACGAAGUUCUAUUGGUGGACCAACUCCAUCUAGUUAUGCAAAUUCUAUUCAGACACAUGCUCGACCCACACUAGUUCAUGGACAUCCCUCAGCUGGUCCUCCAGGGAACUUGGACAACACAAAUAAGAUUAGCCAUUCUGUAUCAGCUCCGAAUCUUUCUGAGAGCAGAUCAUUGGAACCAUCCAUUUCAGAUUUUCCUCCUGUUUCUGCAAUUCAAACUCGCAAGACACCUCCUAGUAGCCAGGUUUUACCAAAUGUGGAAGAUGUUCAAACUGCAAACAAAUCAUUGGUGGAAAAAAUACGAGCUGCUCUUGAUUAUGAUGAGGACAAAUAUACUUCUUUUAAAGACAUUUCUGGCCAGUAUCGUCAGGGUUCAAUUGACACUGAAAAAUACUUGCAUUAUGUGCGGCAAUAUGGCCUGUCACAUCUUGUUCUUGAGUUGGCUAGACUUUGCCCUGAUUUUCAGAAGCAAAAAGAACUACUUGACACCUAUAGUGCUAAUUUGAGAGGCAAAAGUCCACAAGAGAAUGGUUGGAGCCGUGGCAGUGGCCAUUUGAAAGAUAGUACCAGCUCAAAGAAAGGCAAAAGCAUAGAUGGUGAAGGUAGUAGUUCGAAGGAUAGAUUGGCAGAUAGCAUUAUGAGCACUGUCCGGACACUGCAGUUGCAUUACAAGCCUCCGGAAGAAGAGGUGGAGGUGCUGUCAAAGGAUGGGUAUCGCACUGCCAAAGGAAAGUCUCAGGUUGCUGUUGAUGAGAAACAGGUGGAAUUGAGUGGAGAAAAUGAUUCAGUUACUGGCAGUGGACCUAAUCAGAAUGUUAGAGAUAAGGGAAGUGGGAAUAAACAGCGAAAGAAAACCUCAAAGUUUCAUAGGGUGAGGCUGGGUGAUGGUUCAAUGGCAGCCCUUUUGGAUCAUAAAAGCUCCGACCCUGAUCCUGAUCCCGAUCCUAAUCCAGCUGACAACAGAUCAGAUGGUAGCAGUAAUCAAAAUGGAGGAUUACCUGUUCGUGGUGUUUGGCGGAAAGGGGGAGGACAAAAACUCUUUCUGUAAUCAAUGAUUUUGGGAGAUGCUUUUGGAGACGUGAGUGUUAAAUAUACAUGCAAUAGGAGGAAAAGCUUCCAUCGGCUGUUUUGAUUGCAAUAUUAGGCAACAUAACAUCCUUUUUCAGUUUGCUCGGUUUUAUAUUCAGUUGAUGAAUUUUAUGCCCCUUUUUUUCUACCCAAUACUCUUUGACUGAUCAUGCUGGUGGAUGACCCCGUUGGUUGUAUCUCGAUGAUCGCAAGUGUCUAUAAACACCACACAAAAUAAGAAUAUGUUGAUUUUGCAGAAACAAUGUGUUGCUUAUUGAAUACAAAGAUACUUCUUUUUAUGAAGA